GAGGGAGUCAGGAGGGCACAAUACAGAGGGAGUCAGGAGGGCACAGUACAGAGGGAGUCAGGAGGGCACAGUACAGAGGGAGUCAGGAGGGCACAGUACAGAGGGAGUCAGGAGGGCACAGUACAGAGGGAGUCAGGAGGGCACAGUACAGAGGGAGUCAGGAGGGCACAGUACAGAGGGAGUCAGGAGGGCACAGUACAGAGGGAGUCAGGAGGGCACAGUACAGAGGGAGUCAGGAGGGCACAGUACGGGGGGAUCAGGAGGGCACAGUACAGGGGGAGUCAGGAGGGCACAAUACUGGGAUCAGGAGGGCACAGUACAGGGGGGAGUCAGGAGGGCACAGUACAG